AGCUUCAGCUUCUAGCGUGACUCACUGACAAACCCAACAAGGUCCCACCCGCCUGUACUCCCGGUUCCCGGACUCGCCACAGCUGCCUAUCACGCAGUAGCAGCGACCCGCCAAGGCUUUUCCGGCUGGGACACUAAACUGCCGGGACGACUACACCAACAGGCGGUGUACACACUUAACGGACUAAACUCUUUCUCACUUGAAUGGAAGCGGACGGUUUCGUGUCCCGGCGAACGUCCGUGGAAACACCGGGCGUCGACAGCCGCAUCACAAGCGCUGCAGCCGGGGCAGAGUUUCGAUGGCUGGGCGGCAGGCUCCUGGACGCCACAGGGGGAUUUGUCGGGUCUCUUUCACCGAGAAUGGCAGGGGAACAGGACUUUACCCCGGUGUUGCAUCGAGCGACUCCGGAGACCUCGACCUCCGUCGAGCCAGAAAUAGACUAUGAAGGGCUGCCUCAGGGAGUAGCCACCAGCACACACAUGCUGGCAGGAUCCGUGGCUGGAAUCAUGGAGCACUGCCUCAUGUAUCCCAUCGACUGUGUCAAGACUCGCAUGCAGAGCCUCCACCCCGAGCCAGGAGCGCGUUACAGGAACGUGAUGGACGCCCUGCGGCAGAUCGUGCGGACUGAGGGUGUGUGGCGGCCAAUCAGAGGCGUGAAUGUGCUGGCGGUGGGUGCGGGGCCUGCCCACGCUCUCUACUUUGCCUGCUACGAGAAGAUCAAGUUUUCGCUAAGUGACGCCAUUCACCCUGGAGCCAACAGCCACUUUGCUAAUGGAGUGGCGGGCUGCAUGGCCACAGUGCUGCACGAUGCCAUCAUGAACCCAGCCGAAGUUGUGAAACAGCGAAUGCAGAUGUUCAACUCACCUUACCGCGGCGUGCUUGACUGUAUGGGGUCUUUGUUGAGGCACGAGGGCCCGGCCGCUUUCUACCGCAGCUACACCACUCAGCUGACCAUGAACGUGCCCUUCCAGGCGCUCCACUUCAUGGCCUACGAGUACCUCCAGGAGCUCCUCAACCCCCACAGACAGUACAACCCUUCCUCUCACGUUGUGUCCGGCGCGCUGGCUGGAGCCCUGGCCGCCGCUGUCACCACUCCCCUCGAUGUCUGCAAGACCCUCCUCAACACACAGGAGGCUCAGGCCAUACACGUGAUUCAGGCCGAGGCUGCGACAGCAGCUGGAGCGGUUGGAGCAGCCACUGCCUCAGCCCCCGGCAGCCGCCACAUCUCCGGUCUGGGCGAGGCUUUUCGGACAGUGUACAGGAUGGGAGGCGUGCCGGCCUUCUUCAAAGGUGUCCAAGCCCGGAUCAUCUACCAGAUGCCCUCCACGGCCAUCAGCUGGUCCGUCUAUGAGUUCUUCAAAUACAUCAUCACCAAGCGCCACCAUGAGAGACGGCUGCGUGGAGAUCGUGACGGAGACAAAUAAACACCUGGCAGUGGGAUUGGGUAUCAGCAACACAAAGGUUUAUUGCACCGUACCGAUCACUGUUAUCGGUAUUGAUUUCUAAACAUCUGAAGGUUUGAAAAGCUCUAGAAUUUUAGAUUCUUUGAACAAAAAGUAAACUUUAAUUUUGUUUACAGAGAUCAGUUGAAGAUUCAGUGUGUAAGAUUUAGGGGGCUCUAUUUGCAGAAUAUGGCGAUAAUAAGUAUGUUUUCAUUAGUGUAUAAUCACCUGAAAAGAAGAAUUAUUGUGUUUUCAUUACCUUAGAAUAAGCCCUUUAUAUCCACAGAGGAAGCGGGUCCCAUUCCAUGGAGUCCGCCAUGUUGCCCCGCCAUGUUUCUACAGUAGCCCAGAAUGGACAAACGAAACACUGGCUCUAGGUCGGGCCGUUCGCGUUUUUUGCGGCCACCGUAAUUUCUCCUACAUGCUUGGAACGGGAGGGUGAGGCGAGCGGUAUUCAAAUGGUUGCAAACUGCAGGUUCAUCGUUAGAUGCCACUAAAUCCUACACACUGCUCCUUUUAAGCUUGGUCUGAUCUAGUUCAUAGCAGGUGAGGACACAUACAACUGUUAGGAGACAGCUUGUCUUGAAUACUCCAUUAUUAGAUGUUGGGUUGACAAAAUGUCCAUCACUACCCAUCUGUAAGAAAAGGGCCUUGAAAUUGCAGACAGGAAGUCCUGGUUUAGCCCAACUAAAUUCUGAUGGUUUAACUAUUUUUAUUUUUUUUUGUUCACCUUGACAAACUCCCUGUAUUAGCUUUCAAAAAGUAAAUUAUUUAUGGAGGGUAAUGCAUAGUAAAAGUAAUGUUGAUUUUGGCCAUUUUAACAAAGAAAUGCUCACUUCCGCUCAACCACCUACAGUGCAGUUUGUUAGUGUUUAGACACUUUUGUUUAGGCCCCGAACUCAAGUACAUUGAAUUAAAAAAAAAUGACUCUGAGGUUAAAGUGCUGACUUUGAGCUUUAAUUUAAGGGUGUUUACAUUCACUUCCAAUGAACUGUGUAGAAAUUGUAGCAUUCUUUAUACAUACCCCCCAAAAGGAUAAGAAGGGCUAGAAGUCCUACACUGAUGGGAAAAUGCUCAAAUACCUUUUAAAGUUGAAAGUCAGCACUCUAACCUAAUAGUUACAGUCCAGUGUGUUUGAGCACAGAGCCAAAACAAAACUGUAUCCCUAUCCACGUACUUAAGAACUGCACUGUAAACUGGGUUAAUAACCCUCUCUUAACUGCACAUGUACUUCUGGAAAGUAUUACUACCAUAUUAACUUCUGACCACAGGGGGGCGCACAGCUCAACUGCUACACUAAACAAUGGAAAAACAAGUGGCGGUUACAGAAUCAGCAAUAUCAAAGUAGUCUGAGUGUUACUGUACACCAGCACAGGUAUUCAGAGGAAGGAACAAAAAAAUAUUAAAGACAGUGUGUUUUAAAUGAAACAAGGAAUUACAUGAAAUUACUCAAAAUCUUGUGUCAUAUGGGUGACACAUUAAUUAAUUUUGUUAAGAAAGAAUUAAUUUUGGAUUGAAAAUACUCAAGGAUUCAACACUUGAGUCGUGAGUGAGUGUGUGUGUGUGUGUGUGUGUGUGUGUGUGUGUGUGUGUGUGUGUGUGUGUGUGUGUGUGUGUGUGUGUGUGUGUGUGUGUGUGUGUGUGUGUGUGUGUGUGUGUGUGUGUUACAGUGACUGGAUGAGUGGAAAUUCAUAGAGCUCAGCGGUGACUGACCAGAUUUGAUCUCAGCACAGCCUAACUGAGCUAUCCACCAAAGCAAAGUUGGGUAAAAAUAACUCAGCUUUUUUUUUUUUUUUUUUUUUUUUCUGGGUUAGCAUCAGACCACAGUAAGAUUUCUUUGAAGAACAAUAUGAAAAAAGUUACUGCUUUAACAGUUUCAUGUUGUCACUUAAGUGUCUUUGCACUAAGUGCUGUCAAAUCCACGCACACCUGAAGGCUGCAGAUCAUCUCCGGACGGUGCCAUUAGAGUGGCAUAGAUAUUACUGAUAGGCUUGUAGACUCAUUGUGGUAAAUUUUAAAUUAGAUGUUUGUUCUAAAACAACAUAUCCAUCAUGUGGAAGAUGCCACAUACUGCAUCUGAAAUAUUCACUCUCGGAAAAAUAAUGCUACAUCUUUUUAACAAUCGGAGUCCUUGGUUAAUAAAAUGUAAAAACUCCUAUAAACUGUAACUUUUCAUAUUUCAUAAAGAAAAGUGUUUAUAAACUAAGGAUUUUUCUCCAUAGUGCAUAUGUGGAGUUUUGGAACAAGACAGAACAAAACAGACAAGAGUAUUCACCGUAGACAAUCACUUUUUUUUGUGUAAUUUUAUUUUGUUUGUUUUUUUAAACCGCACAUCAUCCUAGCACUUAGUAGCAACUUCUUUAUCAUCGUUAGGACAAACAAGUAACUUUAACAUUAAAACAAGUGCAGAGAAAAAGUAACAUUACUUCUACACAUGCCUUCAGUUAGCCGCCAUAUAUCCAACGCACAACUACUACAAAGAGAUCCUCAGAUAGAGAUGUAAUAUUGUGUUUUGAAGCCAUAAAACAGGAUGAAAUUGUACAUCAUACAUAUAUAUAUAUAUAUAAACCCAAAAUCUCUAACCAGCUAAGUUUUGAAGAUAACCUGUAUGAUGAAUUAUACAAAUAUGAAACUGUACAAGUUUUAUCAAGAACGCGCUGUAAAAAUUCAGGUUUUUGUAGAAAGCGCCCACAAUCCUCACUUGGAACGUAGCAACAAAGGAAAAUGGAAAACCAAAGACUGAGAGCAAUAGAGAGAGAAACAGGAGAGGAACUGGUGGUUUGUCAGAUGACGACACUAAUGUGCAAUGCUUGAACACUGUUUGAGAGCGACACCUGUAUUUUGUGAAUUGUAAAUAAACUUGCUAAGGCAGCUCCUCGCAGAAGCAGGGUCUUCUCUUGGUGCUGGCUCUUCAAGCGCUCAGAGA